UGUGACCGGGAGCCGGGACCCGGGGAGCGGACGGGAGCGGAGCCCAGCGAUUCAUCUCCUGGUGGGCCCAGCUCCCCAGAGGUCUACCCUGACCCACCCCUCCUUCAACACUGGACCCUCGUGCCCAGGGAGGGGGCCGUGCCAAGGGACCCGGUGGAGAAGCCCCCCCUCUGCCCCCAGCCCCUGCCCUCGUGCAGCCCUUGGGCUCCCCGGGGGCAGGAGGGGCCGGGCUGGGCCAGGCGGGGCAGCUGGGCUAUGAUUUGGUUCCUUUUCCUGGCUACCCUGAGCUUGUUGAUCUGCCAGGGGGUUGACGGAGACUCCGCGGCCAUAGCCGUGGUGGGCCGGGCGGGACAGAGCGCCCUGCUGACCUGCGACCUCCUGCCGCCUUCGGGACGACCCCCCCUCCACGUCAUCGAGUGGCAGCGGUUCGGCUUCCUGCUCCCCAUCUUCAUCCAGUUCGGCCUCUACUCCCCCCGCGUGGACCCGCAGUACCUGGGACGCGUGCAACUGCAAGGCGGCGCCUCGUUGCGCAUCGACGGGCUCCGUGCGGAGGACCAGGGCUGGUACGAGUGCCGCGUCCUCUUCCUUGACCGGCCGGGGCCUGAGGACGACUUCCGCAACGGCUCUUGGGUGCAUCUCGCCGUCCGCUCGCCCCCCCGGUUCCACGAGACGCCGCCGUCGGUGCUGGAGGCCCGGGAGCAGGAGCCGCUGACCCUGCGCUGCGCCGCCAGCGGAAGCCCCCAGCCCCGGCUCGUCUGGAAGCGCAACGGACAGGACCUUCAGGCUCGGGGCUCUGUGCAGGUGCAGAACGGGACCCUGCGGAUCGUCCGGCUGGAGCGGGGCCACGCCGGCCUCUACACCUGCCAGGCGUCCAGCUCCGAGGGCACGGCCACGCACACCACCCGCCUGUUGGUGCAGGGGCCGCCGGUGAUUGUAGGGCCCCCGGAGAACAGCACGGUCAACGCCACCCAAGAUGCCCUCCUGGCCUGCCAGGCCCAGGCCUACCCUGCCAACCUCACCUACAGCUGGUUCCAGGGCGACACCAACGUGUUCCACAUCAGCCGCCUGCAGCCCCGGGUGCGGGUCCUGGUGGACGGCAGCCUCCACCUCCAGGCCGCCCAGCCCGACGACGCCGGGCGCUACACCUGCGUGCCCAGCAAUGGCCUCCCCCGCCCUCCCUCCGCCUCUGCCUUCCUCGACGUGCUCUACCCUGCCCAGGUGACCGAGAUGCCCGCAGAGACCCCCCUGCCCACAGGUAUGCGGGGCGUGAUCCGCUGCCCCUCCCGCGCUAACCCCCCCCAGCUCUUCGUCCGCUGGACCAAGGACGGCCAGGCCCUGCAGCUGGACAAGGUGCCAGGCUGGUCGCAGGCGGCAGAUGGCUCCGUGGUCGUGGCCGUGGCCAAUGAGGACGCAGAGGGGGAGUACACGUGCACCCCCUAUAACAGCCACGGCACCACCGGCGCUUCCCCGCCCACCCGCGUGCAGCUCAAGGCCCCCCCGGCUCUAGUGGUGCUGCCCAAGGCUGAAUAUUUCCAGGAAGUAGGGCGAGAACUGGUCAUCCCUUGUGUGGCCCAAGGGGACCCCCUGCCCACCAUCACCUGGACUAAGGAGGGACCCAGGCCACGGAGCGAGGCCCGGGUGGAUGGGAACGGCAGCCUGGUCCUCCGACCGCUGACCAAAGAGGCCUACGGGCGCUGGGAGUGCACCGCCGUCAAUGCCGUGGCCAGCGUGGCCGCUGGCACCACCGUCUACGUGCUGGGGACCAGCCCCCAUGCCGCUACCAACAUCUCCGUGCAGCCGCUGCCCACGGGGGUCAACGUGUCGUGGGAACCCGGCUUCGAUGGAGGCUACCUGCAGAGGUUCAGCGUGUGGUACACCCCGCUGCCCAAGCGGCCGGACCGGGCCCAUCACGGCUGGUUGUCCCUGCCGGUGCCCCUCGGUGCAGCCCAUCUACUGGUGCCCAACCUGCAGCCCCACGCCAGCUACCAGUUCAGCGUCCUGGCCCAGAACAAGUUGGGCAGUGGACCCUUCAGCGAGAUCGUGUCCUCCUCUCCGGCCGGCCUCGGGACGACCCCUGCAGACCCUUCUGUGCCCCCGUUGGAGCAGCACCUGCUCCUGUCUCCGCCACGGGCCCUGAAGGCGGCGGGCACAGCCCGGGGGGUGUCACUGAGCUGGGAGCCUCCGCUGCUGGCCCCGGGGGGCCUGGCAGGCUACGCCCUGGAAGGAAGGCACUAUGCCCUGGAAGGAAGGCAUGGGCCUGGCAGCUGGGAGGUGUUGAACCGGGACAUCAGCGGCGCUGACACACAGCUGGUGGUGCCAGGCCUCAUCAAGGACUCCUUCUACGAGUUUCGCCUGGUGGCAUUCGCGGGCAGCUACAUCAGUGACCCCAGCAACACGGCCAACAUCUCCACGGCCGGGAUGGAGGUGUACCCGUCCCGGACGCAGCUCCCGGGGCUGCUGCCCCAGCCCGUGCUGGCCGGCCUGGUGGGCGGCCUCUGCUUCCUGGCCACCGCCGUCCUGCUCAGCGCCGCCGCCGCCUGCUUCAUGAACCGCCGGCGCCGACUGGCCGCUCGACACAAGCGCAGACAAGAUCCCCCUCUGGUCUUUUCCCCGCUCCGGAAGUCACCUCCGCACUCGGCCGCAGGCUCCGGCAGCCCCGACAGCGUGCUGAAGCUGCAGCUCCGCCCGUCCCCGCGCCCUUCACCUCGCCCGUCCCCACAUCGCUCCCCGUGCCCGACCCGGCCCUGGGCCGGGGCCGGCGACAGGACCGGCCUCCUCAGCCCCCUGCCGUCAGGGCCGCCCCCCGGCCCGGACCCUCCGCUCCUGGAGCCCAUCAGCCGCGGGCCCGACGGCCGCUUCGUGGUCGGGGGGGUGGUCGCACCCCUCUCCCCGCCCGCCCGGCGUCCGGGGUCGCCCUUCGCCACCAGCAGCAGCCCGGCGGUGGCGGCCGAGGAGGCGAUGGUCCGGCCUCUCUGCAUCGUCGACAUCAGCCCGGUGGGCUCGCCCGCCCCGACCCCCUCCCAGAGCCCCUCUCUGCCCCCGACCCCCUCCCCGGCCCCCUCGGGCCUCCUGCACUACCUGAGUUUGCCCUUCUUUCGGGAGAUGAACGUGGAUGAGGACGAGCCCGCCGGGCCCAUCCCCCCGCCCGACUACAUGGACACGCGGCCCCCGGACCCCCCACCCCGACCCCCACAGCCCCAGCCCCAUCCCUGCCCCCAACCCCUCCGGGGCAGCCUCACCAGCCAGAGCAGCGGCAGGGGCAGCGCUUCCUUCCUGCGCCCGCCCUCCAUCGUCCCCUCCUCGGGGGGCAGCUACCUCAGCCCCCCGGCCCCGGAAGACACGACCAGCUGGGCCAGCUGGGCCAGCUGGACCAGCUGGGGGGGUGGGCCCGAGGCCCGGCCAUCCAGGGAGCACGUGGUCACCGUCAGUAAGAGGAGGAACACGUCCGUGGACGAAAACUACGAGUGGGACCCCCAGGGCCCGGCGGAAACCGAGCUGCUGGAGGCUCUGCGGAUGGUGCGGGGCGGCGGCGGGAGACCCUGGCCCGGCUCGUCCGCUGCCCUGCAGGAUCGGCCCCACGGCUCCAAAGGGUCGGAGUCCAGGCGACGCCCGGACAGUGCCCGGUGGGCGGAGACCCUGAGCAUUAGUGCCGGCGCCCCGUCCGGCCCCGAGGCCCGCUGCGCUGCCCUACGCGAGGAAUUCCUGGCCUUCCGGCGGCGCCGCGAUGCCGCCCGGGCCCGGCUGCCCUCCCGCUUUGAACCCACCGCCGCCGCCCCCGGCCCCGACCAGGCCACGCUGCUCUGAGGCCCAGAACCCAGAAGCCCGGGCCCCCAGCCCCGGAUCCGGAGC